AUAGCAUGUAGUAAUUAUAAAAUAUAGCAAAUGACAUCCAAAACUGGAAAAAAAAGUACAGCUAUACCUGCAUUCAGGGGUGGACUGACAACUCAUGGGGCCCCCGGGCAAUAGGGGAUCAUGGGGCCCCUGUGUCCUUGCCCAAACUCAAAAAAGCCUAUAAAAGGUACCAGGGGCAUCUCAUGGGGCCCCCUACUGACUCCGGGCCAUCGGGCAGUGCCCGAGUUUCCAAAUGGUCAGUCCGCCACUGGU